GUAUCAUGGCGUUAGUAGCUGAACGGACACGAGACCGCGAGACCGCGAGAGACUUGAAUCGAAAGCAGAAAAUAGCAUUCAAUACUUACUUAAUACUUACAAUGCAGAGCCAGACGAAUCUGAACUGGGGCAUUGCAGCGGCGGGCAGGAUAACGCAGGACUUUGUCACCGCCCUGGGAACGGUGGAGAAGUCCCGCCAUGUGGUGGUCGCUGUGGCCGAUGUGGAUGGCCAGCGGGCUCAGGAGUUCGCCCAGAGGAACCAGAUCCCCAGACACUACGAUGGAUUCGAUUCCUUGGCUCUGGAUCGCGAGGUGGAUGUGGUAUAUGUGGGCACCCUGAAUCCAUUUCACUAUGCCGUCGUCCAUCUGAUGUUGGCCCGCGGUAAAAAUGUCCUGUGCGAAACACCAAUGUGCCUGGGUUUGGAACAGGCCAAGGAGUUGUAUGCUUUGGCAGAGCAACGUGGAGUAUUCCUAAUGGAGGGCAUGUGGUCACGUUUUUUCCCCAGCUACGACCGUUUGAGGGAACUGCUGAACAACGAUGUCAUUGGAGAGGUGACCCAGGUGAAGAUCCAACAUGGUUUCCGUUUGGCCCACAUGGAGCGCGUGUGCAAUCGCUCCCUGGGAGGCUCCAUCCUCAUGGAUCUAGGCAUCUAUGCCCUGCAACUGGGCCAGUUUGUUUUCGGUGCUUCGCCCGUCAAAAUCUUGCCAAGCGGAACGCAAUUGAACAAGGAUCGGGUGGAUGUGCAGGGUGAGUUCAUGCUGGACUAUGGAGAUGGACGGAGAUUGGUGGCUUUGGUCACGGGACUGGAGAACCUGGAGAACGAUGCCGUCAUCACGGGCACCAAAGGCGAGAUUAAGCUGUCCAACUACUGGUGCUGCACUCUAUUGAGCCGCUCUAAUGGUCCUCCCGAAUCCUGGCCUCUGCCGCAGGCCAAGUUUGAUUUCCACUACACAAAUACCUGCGGAUUGAGGUACGAGGCGGAGGAAGUGCGUCGCUGCAUAGAGAAACGUCUGCUGGAGAGUCCUAAAUUCACGCACGCUGAAAGUCUGGAACUAAUAGCCAUUACCGACGAGAUGCGACGACAGAUUGGGGUCACCUACGAUGUCUAGGCCUUAAGAAAUAAUAGAAAAUAUUAGUUUUAAAUAAAAAUUGGUAACUUAA